AUGGAGCCCAAAGGGUCUGUUCCUGAGUGGUGGACAGGGCCUAAACGGCUACUACGCGUGGGCACUAACCAAGAUGCCGUGCCUACCGACUGGUUCCUGGGCGAAGAAGCAACGACACGACCCCACGAGUUGCCACGCAAAACAAGAAACAAGAGGCCGCCUUCGGGCAUCACUGAGUUGUUUUUUGAUUUCAUCAGGCAGCGUCUGGCGGCCAUGGUUCAUGGGUUAUAG